AUGUCCUCGUCAACAGAGUGGCCUCAGUCUCUCAAGGACUUUGCCAAUCGUGCAUUUGCUGCUUGCACCGACGCGAAUCGCAAGGCGGUCUCGGAAGAGCUCAGAGCGCUCAUCUUUGACUCCUUCCAGAAUGGCACCAUCCACACCACCGAUUGGGCCAACGCCAGUCUCAAGAGCUUAGCGGGUCCCUCCGCUUCGACCAAAAGGUCGCUUCUCAAGAAACGCGCAGCACCCUCUGCCAGCACAUCUACCGCCAGCUUAUCUGCAACCGACUAUGAGGAGCAGCAGAGAAAGGAGAAGCGCGCGAAGCGUUUUGAGAGGGAGCAGCAAGAGUUUCUCAGGCAGGAGGACGAUAUGCUCGAGACCGCCAUCGCAUCUACCAGUCUGGCAUCCAGGUUCGGCGGCGGCGGUGGAUCUUCUCCAGGCCAAGCACCGUGGUCGUCGGGUACGGCAGGAUUUGGCGCAGCAACAGUGGCGUCUAUACGUACCAACGGCAGAGGCAAUGGCAGAGGCGGUUUCGCACCUGCGUCACCAAUAGGCGGCCCUCAAUUUACAGACGCGGAAGUAGCCGAUCCCAACGUGAUCGAUUGGGACGAGCACACCGUCGUGGGCACCAGCAGCAAGCUCGAAAAGUCGUAUCUUCGCCUCACAUCCGCUCCGGAUCCCAAAACCGUCCGCCCGCUCUCAACGCUCGUGCAGACGCUCGAGCUGCUCAAGAAGAAGUGGCGCACGGAAAAUAACUACUCGUACAUCUGCGAUCAGUUCAAGUCGAUGCGUCAAGACCUGACGGUGCAGCGCAUCAAGAACGAGUUCACCGUCAAGGUCUACGAGAUUCAUGCACGCAUUGCGCUCGAGAUGGGCGACCUGGGCGAGUACAAUCAGUGUCAGAGCCAGUUGAGAGGCCUGUACGCUUACGGCAUCAAGGGCAGCGCGAUGGAGUUUCUCGCUUACAGAAUCUUGUACCUCUUACAUACCAAGAAUCGCAGGGAUGUGAAUGCACUCAUGGCAGAAUUGACAGAGGAAGACAAGGCCGAACCGGCUGUGGAACAUGCGCUUCAAGUGCGCGCAGCAUUGGUGACGGGUAACUACCAUUCGUUUUUCCAGCUGUAUACAGAUGCGCCCAACAUGAACGCCUAUAUCAUGGACCACUUUGUGGAGCGCGAACGCAUUAAUGCGCUACUCAUCAUGUCCAAAUGUUAUCGACCGUCGAUCGCGCUUAGCUUUAUUGCAGAAGAGCUGGCGUUUCAAGAUGUGACCGAGGCCAACGAGUUUCUCGCCGCCAAUUCAGCCGCUGUCUAUCUUGAGCCGACACCAGCUGAUUUGGCUGCAUUGGCACCAGCCAACGGGAAGAAGAAGAAAUCCAAAGCGAAACCCAGCUUGCCGCUCGACAAGCGUCAGUGGGACGCAAAAGCAGCCAUGCAACCGCUCACAGAUGCGAUACAAAAAUUCCGCAAAGUAGAUAUCAAAGGGCAAAUCUGA